GUUCAGCUCGUCUCCAGUAUGAAGCUGUAUCCUCAGUCAGCCUGCCAGCUUGCCUUCCUGAGUCUCUGCUGUUUGCUGAUCACAGUGAGAGAGUCAGACAGCACGUUUGUCCCAGGAAGAUGUUUGUGUCCAGAGACGCAACCAGGUGUCAGAGGGCAGCUGAAAGAGCUCACAGUCUACCCGAAAAGUGCCAGCUGCAACAAAGUCACAGUAAUAGUGACACUGAAGAGUAACAAUAAUGUAGUGUGUCUGAAUCCAGAGGCACCGCUGGGCAAACAGAUGACUCGCUGCUGGAAUAGAGCUCAAACGUUGGGUCGUGAUGUGAAGCUGUGCCUGAGGAGGAGGAAGAAGGGGAGGGGUCAGCGCCAGCGCCAGCACCAGCGCCAGCGCCAGCGCUCUCGACAGAGAACCCGGGGGCACAACAAGAAAACCUCAUCCUCUAACUCCCAAUAGUCGACCAGCCUGAGAGAUGAUACAAAGCUACUGCACAGAGAGAAGCCUGUACAUGCUGAUUCUUGCCACACUGUGGACUCAAGGCCACCAGAGGCCGUUAAAAAAAACACGCUACUACUAUGCUACUCUUUCUAUAAACAGCUCAGACAUUUCCCGGGUUAUCAAGUCCCUAAACUUGUUGUCUGAGCGUAAAUCUCUUUGCAGGCAAGCAGCAGGGGGCUUUACUUAUUCUGUGCAAAUGACUGGUGUGAUGUUGAAAUAUGAGCCCUGGAGGCUUGUCAUAAAUGUUAACAGUUUCUGCUUUUAAACACUGUUAAAUGGUCAAUAUAUUGUCAAAGUGUAGUUCUGUGUAUGCAGCUGGAAACUGAAGAGACUUAGCUGGUUAUUUAUUUUUUCAUAUGACCGUGAGCAUUUUUUUGGGCAUUGUUUUUGUAAAUAAAUAUAUAAGA